AUGUUAGAGGAGUAUUGGUCGAGUUACGCUAAACAUUAUGAUGUCAUAAUUCAAGCAAGUCCUAAAGUCUUAGCUAAAUUCGACGCACUACAAGAAUACGAAAUAACAGAAAAUCCUAAUUUAGAUUGUAGAACCUUACUGAUGGAGGCGUUGUAUUCGCUAAGAGCUGAGAAAGAAAAUCGCGAAUGUACAAAGGUUGUCACGAUGGAAUCCACAUCCACAUCACGAGUCAAACUACCACCUAUUAACAUACCACGGUUCGCAGGCAACUAUGAAGACUUGAUAAGAUUCCGCAAUUUAUUCACUGCCUUAGUUAACAAUGAUGAAAGGUUAUCGAACAUGGAGAAAUGUCACUACCUGCGAUCGAGCGUAUGCGGAAACGCGGAGAUCGCCAUUAAAAAUCUAGCAGUCAGUGGCUCAAACUUUGAAAGGGCGUGGAGUAUCUUAGAAAAUCGGUAUGAUAAUAAGAGAAUCAUCGAGAACAAUGUGCUGAAUAUAUUCUUCAACCAAAAGACGUUAACUACGGAGUGUGCACGUGGGCUGAAGGAGCUUCUAGAUACAACUACGGUCACUCUGGACGACUUACAAAGCCUCAGCAUUGACAUUAGGGUUGGGAUGUUGUUAUCAUUCACAUAG